GCGGAUCGAGAGCGGGAUAUUUGAAUUAGCGAAGGAAUAAUUAAAUUUUUGAAAUUUUCAUCGACAUCAGACAUGAGUAAUGUUAUAUAGAGUAGAUUAUGCGUGUCUUUAUUAUUUUCAAAGAAUAUUGGUUACAUCGGGAUCGUAUAUACUUUAAAUAAUCAGAUGUCACAUUGCUCAUGCGCAGUGUUGCAGGCUUGCUCUAUGAAAGGUUAGAAUCACCUUGUGCGUGUGAGAAAACACCGUGUGUACACACAGUGCAUUACCAGACGGUUUUCUUGGAGUUGCUUUUACUUAUACUUAGACAAUAAUAAAGCAAGUUAUAAUUUCUGGAUCAAAGAAAACGGAAAUUGAUUAAAAAAUGUCCGACGAGGAAGUUAUUCGACGAAGGUUGCUGAUCGAUGGCGAUGGCAUUGGGGACGACAGGAGAUUAAACGUCUUAUUAAAAUCGUUCAUCAAGUGGGUAAACAACCCUGAGACAGACCACAUUUUACACGAAAGAAUGCUGUCCCAGUUGUCUCAGUGCGAAUUCGCACAGAAAAAAUCGCGUCUGGUGUCGAAUAUGAGUCAAGAAGAAUUGAAGAACUAUGAAGACCUAUCAAAAGAAAUCGACGUGGAAAUAGAAGAAGCUAAAAAGAGCAUAGAGACGACAAAGGUUGAACUUCAAGAGGCCAAGCAAGUUAGAAAGAACAGAAUUGAGUACGAUGUCCUAGCUAAAGUUAUUAACGAACAGCCUGAUAGACUAGAGACUGAUGUUAAACUGGCUACUCUUCAAAAGGAAUUGGGAACACUAAAAGAAAAGUCGCAACACUUGGAACACAAACUUGAAAUGAGGAGAAAGCAGUUCCACGUGCUGAUAUCUUCUAUUCACUCUCUACAAGGAAUGUUGGAUGAAUCUGAUGAGGAAAUAAUGGAUGUUAGUUUAGAAGAUGUCCAUUCUCCAAAAGUUACAACAUAAAGUGGCCAUCUCAAUUAGGUUUCUUUCCAUUUUAGAUAAUAAGAUAUUUCUAGGACUGAUGAUAAAUAAAAAAAUAUAUUUCUUUUUCAAGUAAAAAAAAUGCACAAGUCAACAUUAAGCGUUAUUUUCCAAACUUCAACUUGAGUUUACUUGUUUUUGGGACAUGCCUUAUUGUUAGCGAUAGCCUUGUUGAACGCUCCAAGAUCUCUCCUUCAUUGUAAUUGUGUGAACACAUGUUCAAGUUUUUUAUAUCACACUUGGUUAUCAAGUCUGUGGACCUUUCAUCUAUCGAAUGUAAAUAAUCAUGGUACAGAUCUUUUUGUAGAAUUAAUAAACUUCUUGGCUCCAACAGUAAACUGAAUUCUCGUUUUGGAGAUUCCUAAGCAAAAUUACAUUAUCAUUUACUAUUAAUUAUUUAGAAUAUAUCACUAAAUUGAAAGAAUUAAUGUCAGACUUACAACUUUAUCAGUUUCAUGGCGUUUAUAAAAUUCUAGAAGAGUGUGAGAGCCACAACUUAUUGUUGUUACUAUUGGAUGAAAAAGAGGUCCAUCAGAAUGUGCCUAAUAAGUAGAUGAAGUACAUUAAUAAAUGAGAGAUACAUAGAACCCUGAAAUAUUUACCAUAAUCCCUUGGCCAGGUAAAUAUUCAUUUAUGAGCACAUGAUUUGGCCUCUUGUCUUUGUCAAAAAUAUUCAACUUGGCUAUUUUGUCAAUUUGUACUUCAAGCCACUGGAGCGGAGAAACAAAAAUUGAGUCAAGCAAUGUGCAAUGUAAAAUCAUAAAGUUUCAAGUAGGCAGACUAACUUUGGGAAUCUCCUCAGCGAUCAUUCCUUUUGGAUGUGGUAUUCCACCCCAAUUUUGAAGUCGACGAUGACUGAGUUGAGUCCAUUUAGGAAGUGGAGCACUGUUUACUUUCUGUGUUAUAUCACUUUCUUCCUCUUUUGUUAUGAAAUUGGGAAUGUAACAUACCAGAGGUGGUACCUACAUAAAACUAUCGAUAUAAUA